AUGUACGACGCGUGCUGGCUUAUCAAGAUGAUGGAAAAGCUACUUCUUUACCACACAACAGGCCUUGCACCGGAUUUACAGCCUGUCUUCAUUGCCUUCAAUAUCGAGGUAUUCAACGCACUAUUCGUGUCAAGCUGCAUGCGCAACGCGACCUCGGUUAGCGUGACAAUGAUGCUAAUGGUUGCCGAUUUUAUGGGAGCUUGUGCAGCGCUGUACGGGCUGAGAAACAUUAUGCUGCGCGUGGAUGAGCUGAAUGGCAAGAUGGGGCCUGAGGCUACCCGUGCGCGAAUGAUAGAUAUUGCCGGUUUUAUUGCAAAACACCACCACCUUGAUUGUCUCGUAACGCAGGAAGAUAGUGUGGAAUCGCGGUGCUCCAACAGCACACAUGUAUCUGCCGUCGCUCCGUGGGUAGACGAGAAUUCAUCAGACACGGUCGAGUACACGGAGGUGAUAGUCCCAAUGGUUUAUGGCACGGACUACACGUUCCAAUUCAGUUGGCUUUUUAAGUAG